GUCAUGGUGGCCCUGCAGGCGCGCGGGCAGGGCCGCUGCGGCUCUGAUUUGCGGCCCCCCGCCCUCCCCCGAGAACCUCAAUGUUCAGAGGCAGACGCAGGUUGCGCACGGGAGGAGGCAAGAAAGCGAGGGCGGGGAUACGACUCUGCCGCGCCCCCCGCCCCUCCAAAAAAAAAAGAAAAGAAAAGAGAAGAGAAGAGUUGCCGAAACGAGGUGGGUCCGCAGCGGCUGCGGCCGCCGCUACAUGUCGCCUCCGCGCAGUUCCCGGCGGCGAAGCGGAGACCCGCGGGAUUCCGGGCUGCGGCUGCGGCUGCGGCUGCGGCUCCGGCUCCGGCUGCGGCUCCGGCUGCGGCUCCGGCUCCGGCUCCGGCCGCGGCCAGCUCCCGCCCAGCCCUGCCCCGCAGCGCACCUACGGCUCUAGGAGCUAGACGAAACCUGAAAACGCUAACCAUGUAGGGAGAGGACACUUUUUUUCUGCGCUCGGCGGGAGCCCUGCAGCCGCCGGCGGCGAACGCCAGACCUGGGAAUGGAGAGCGCGCUUCCGCAAAAGCUUUUCACUCGUGGGGGUGGGGGGAUCUCCUUUCACCCCGGGGCUUAGUCGGAGAGCCGAGCAGUGUUCACCAGGGCCCAAGUAAGGCUGCUGACAGGUCUGGUGCUACCUGGCCCGGAUCCCUCGACUUCCCCCGACUCCACCCCCGGAGGGACGACUCCGCGGCCAGGGGCACUAGUGAGCUCUCCGACGGCCGCUUUCUUUCCUGGCAGCUGGGAAGGUCUCUGUCGAAUCAGGUUCUGCUUUUAAAGGACAGAAAGAAAGGAGGAAGGAAGGGGAAUCCCCUGAUUUUAAACCUACUGUCGACCUUGGAUCCACAAGAGAAAUCUUCAGCCUCCCCACCUGGCAUUCCCAUCAAAGCACCUCCCAGUGUGGUCCUUGCUACCCCUCUAACCGCUCCCACUCCCCACUCCUGCAACCUGACUCUCAAGACUACUUGCCUUCCCCAUCCCUUUAAGGCUAUCUGAUGCUUACCUGUGUUUUCAAUCCAGUCCAAUGCACACCUUCUUUGUGAAGAUUUUCAGGGGUUUUCCAGCCCUGUGAUCCCUGUAUUCGAACACCACCAGAAUAUAUUGCCUGAAACACUCUGUAAGCCAACCGUGCAGCGCCUUCUUUCACUGCUAGUGUACUUGUAUAGUUUUACUGUUUAACCUUGCAUUGUUCCCUGAGUCCAGUUUUGUCUGCCCAGCUAACUAGACUGGUUGACUUGAGGACCGGACUUUAUCUCAGACUUUUAAACUUCCUCAACAGACUCGUUCAAAAUACGUGUUCAAUAAACAUUUAACUGGUUGGAUUUAAAGCUUAUGGCCUCAGGCUCCCUGAUGUUUGUCUCAAAAAUUGGAACCUGCUGUAAGUUAGACGUUUCCUUUAUGCCUUAAGUAUCUUUUAUGUGCGAUAAAUGGAAAUUAACAUCUCAAAACUAUCCUCCAUUCAACUGUCUGUGCGAUAAAGAGGAUUUUUCUGGCAAACACCAAUAGAGUUUGAGAAAUAGCCCUGAGGGGUUCCCUGGGUGGCUCGGUGGUUUAGCACCUGCCUUCCGCCUGGAGUCCUGGGAUCAAGUCCCCACAUCAGGCUCUCUGCAUGAAUCCUGCUCCUCCCU